GCUAUUUCUAUUAUACCUCCCUUGCUCUUCAAGCGGAGACCACAGCUGUCCCUCCAGUCUUGGGCUUCCUGCCCUUCGGGAAUCCGGAAUCCGCUCAUCCCAGCAAGAAGAUCUUGGUAUGAGCUCGAUCCUCAACUUGGGAGCCUGCACCAUGAGCCGCCCACAGUUCCCCAUCUUCCACGUUCUGCUAGGCUUGGCUUCGGCACAGCUGGGACUUGCCCAGGUCCAAGGAGACUGUGGCAACUGCUACCAUCUAAGUCCGGUUGCCAUCGCAGGUGUGGUGCUGGGGGACCUGCUGCUGACUUUGCUCAUUGCCGUGGCUGUUUACUACGUGGCUACCUGCCUCUACCAACGCCAGCUGGCCAGCAGUGACCACAAGAAGCCAGGCGCACCAGAGAACGAGUCCCCUUAUCAGGAACUCGAUACACGAGGCCUGGAACUCUACUGCGACCUGAAGAAUUCAAGAAGCAACAUCAAAUAAGUCUUCUGAUUCCGGGGCUGGGCUUCUGAAUGGGGGGAGGGGUUGCGCAAGGGGCUUCCAAAUACCCGACGUCUGUGCCAGCUGCUUUCCAGAGACCGCGAAUGUCUCCACGCAAACUCCUCUCUUCCGAAAAGACAAGCCCGCUCAGAAGCUAUCCUUCAAGACAGGCUCCAACUGUGAACAGUCAUUUAGUUCUUUUCAUUGAGAAAUUCUACCCUGAGAGCUUGCUGCGUUGGGUCUAUUUGAGGACGUCUCUGCCCAGGUCCAUUGCGCUAUCAUUGGCUGCCACACAAUGGAGGGCUCUCUGGGGGUGGGGAAACGUGUAAGCUCUGAGUAAGCUCUUCUAGUAGAAAUUCCCAGUUCUAUUGUAGCGGCUACCAUUGGUUGCCAGGUUGCAUGUGUAUGCUUUAUGCUUUAAGUUAUAACCCAGCUUGUGUUGUGUUGCACGUGCGCCAGAGAACGGUGUGCAACUCAAGUUUCUGAUUUUUGCCAGAAUCUUUUUUGGUGGUUCCCCCCCCC